AUGAGGCUGACUGGCCAGAUACGGAAGGAGCAAGGGCUUAGCGCACCGCAGAAUGUUAACUCCACAUACAAAGCCAUCGAGCGGCCAUCGCGUCGUUUUAAUCCCCUCAAAGUCUCUACUAGACUGCAAAAAGACCUUCCUUACUCUUCAAAGCCUCGCAUUACUAGACCUGCACAGGCUAAAACUUAUCUUCAAAAGCGCGCUGUUGUACUCGAGCCCGAGGAGAAGCGAGCACUCAUCUUGUUGCAGCAAAUGCGAGCUUUGGAGAAGGAGAAGACUACUAAGCGCCGAGCAAAGCAAGAAGAGCGUCGUACAGCACAUCGAAAAGUUAUCGCAAAAGAAGAGGAGAAGAAAGGGGAGAAACAAAAGGAGCAGCGCAAGGAAUACAUGCGACUGGCAGGACAGAAGCAAAAGCGGGAGCUAGAUACCGAGAAUCACAGCCAUAAGAGGCGAAAGAAGGCAUAA